AUGCCUACUUUUGAUUCAGAUUCAAGUGGAUCUACCACUUCAACCGAGAGCCACAGUCGGAUCGGAUCGAUGAAACCAGAAUCAAAUAAUGCUUCAUCUUCUCAACCUUCACUGACAGAUAUACUUCCACUAUCAUCCCCAGAUUAUGAAGAAUAUGACUAUUUCAGUCCAAAGCAAAACACAAAAAAGCCAGAAGUCCCAUUGUGGAAUAUACUUCCACUGUACCACAUGUACACUUCUACUGUAUCAAAGAGUCUUCGAGUCACACAUGACGACCUCAACGAUACUGCGUUUGAGCCUCCCACCUAUGAUGAUUUGGCCACCUUAUCUUCGUGUCAGUCUGGUAGAGCAUCUGGUUCCUCGUCCACACCUGGUACCAUUGGUGCCUCAUAUGAAGAAUUGGAAUCUUUACCACAAUCCGUAGAUGCACAGAACCCAAAUUUGAUCAUUGCAGACGAAAGUUCUAAUUUAUGGCAAUGUACUAUUCUUGACAAUAUUCACACACUUAACAACUUGAGUGAUUCAGAUAACGUAUAUGCAAAGGCAUUAAAAAUUGAUGUAUUUUUCACCGAAGAAAUUGGAGAAAUGGGAAAAGAACCAGUGUUCAUUGACCCUCUGAAUUACGAGUAUAAGCAAGGAGAUUUGAUAAAUGGAUACUUUUUGGUUGACAACCAAUCGGAUAAAGAAAUUUCAUUCGAUAUGUUUUACGUUCUCUUUGAAGGGAAUUUCAAAGUAUCUUCAAAUGUCUUCGGGACAAAUGGGAAAGAAACAUUUGUAACCAAAAAGUUCUUGGAGAUGUUUGACUUUAGUGCCUCUUGGCAUUACGGUUACAUUAACCGAUUAUUGUCUGAAUACACCAAUCCAUACACAUGUCCUGAUCUGGUUGACCCAAUAGAUAAUACUCAAUUAUCAUUUGGAGCCGAGAGAACUAUUAAACCGUUUAUUAAACAUAAACGGUUCUUCACAUUCAAAAUUCCUGAUAAAUUGUUAGACUCUUCAUGCCAACACAACUUAUCAAGUCAUACUGAAACCCCACCAAGUAUUGGUUUAGCCCUGCGUGAUCAAUUGAAAAACUUACACAACUCAAAUUUUGUGAAGACUUCAGCUACUACUAACGAUGGAAGAUUAAAAGACUUUUCAUUCUUCAAUACAUGUAUUAAUUAUAGUGUUGAUGCUAGAUUUAUUGGUAAAGCGUCUAUGUACGGGGUUUUACCAGACAGGAAUCAAGAUGAGGCUACUCUUGUCAAUACCACUGGGGAUGAGUUUAUCAUCCUUAGAGAUACCCAUCAACUGAUCAGAAUCAUUGAAGAAACUAAAAUAUCAAACGAUCUUGAGUUAAAGGCUGCACAAAGAGUUAGCAAAGAUUUAUUUGACAAUUUUAAAGCUCGGGUAGAUGAUGAAGUCACACGCGGAGAAGAACUUCUUGCAGCUAAGCUAUCUAAGACUUCAAGUAAAGAACCUAGUUUUCUAAGCUCUAUUAUUUCUCCAAUAGGUUCAAAUUCGGCUAAUAGCUCAAGUUUAAACUCCAACACAUUCAAUUCCCGCACAUAUUCUGAAAACACAAUUGCGUCAACUAUAGCUAAAGAACUAGCCAAAUGCCAACAAAUGUAUAAACCAUCACAAUCAAGAAGAAAAUCUAAAGCAGAGUCAUUGGAAAAUUCGGAACAUGAUUAUUAUAAGAUAUUCUAUCCCAUUCAAAAGAGAUCGAUUACUGGUACAGCAAAGUUCUUGGGGACUUUAGUUGCUUGUACCCCAAAAGUACACUACAGUAUUUUAUACAUUCCUCCACCACUGUACCGUACAGAUGAAGUUGAUUCUAGUUCCUGGAAUAUUGACGUACCAAUUGAUCUUGAAUAUGUCAUACCAGGUGCAAAUUCGGCAAGCAAGAAUCUUAAACUUCCAGAAAUCAAAUCUUUUGGAGCCGAAUUAAUUGCACUUACAAUUAAAUCCGAAAUAGGAAGUAUCCCCAUUGAGUUCAAUCAUGACAUGUUAUUUGAUAAUAAUCAACUGAUGGAAAAAACUCAUAAGCUGGCAUAUGAGUAUGAAACUGAUUUUUUUGAAGACCAUGUCAUUAAACCACUCAAAGAAAAAACCAAGAAAUUACAAUCGAUUUCACAGCAAUUGGGACCUGGUGUUUUCAGAAUGGAUUUAAAUCUUGUAGAGGAUUUAAAAACGUUGUGCAAAUUGAAGACCAAGCAUAUGAAUUUAGUAAUUGACCAGGUGAAAUUAAAGCUGAUUAAUAAUAAUAAAGAAAUUCCAUCCUCCGAAAUUCCCUGGGAAGUCAAAUAUAAACCUCUGAAUGCAGAAUCCCCAACAACAUAUAAAAAGAGUUUCACAGUAUCAAUUGAUUUAACCUCUGGAAGGUUGAAGAGUGGAGAAACGAUGUCAAAAUUAAAGGCAUAUGAUAACUAUAACUUAAUUCCAGAUUUCCAAAUGUGCCAAAUGACAAGGUUCUACUAUAUCAAAGUAUUAAUUGCGCUCCAGAAGGGGGAAACAAUUGUAGUAAACGUUCCCCUAGAAGUGAAAAAAUAA